AUGCGUCUCGGUCAUCAAGAAUUUAGACGAAUAUUGAUUUCAAUGCCUGAGAUAUGGCAUUUUGUUGACAGGAUUAACUGCAGAAAAAAAGGUGGAAUAUGGUUCAGUAUUGAUGGGGCUGGGGUAUUCUUAUCAGUGUUGAUCCACAAUGUGGCUGGUGCAGGAGACAUAUCAGCUGUGAAGAUCAAGGGUUCGAGAACCGGGUGGCUGCCAAUGAACAGAAACUGGGGGCAGAACUGGCAUAUAAACGCUGAUCUAAAAAACCAACCGCUUUCUUUUGAGGUGACUAGUAGUGAUGGAUUAACUGUUACAUCUUACAAUGUUGCUCCAAAAGAUUGGAACUUUGGGCAGACCUUUGAGGGCAAGCAGUUUCAAUCUUGA